ACUACACCAGCAUUUUAACUGUUGAAAGACUGUGCAUCUCAAGAAGUUUAAUUAAUGACUUAGGUUUAGCUAAUGAAUGCCUGAGGAGGAAUUUAUUCGCGUAUUAUGCAGUGAAACUACCACAUAGUUAGGUCCAGUCAUGUCAGCAUCACCUGUGCACUCAGCUCGGGUCAGGCGCAGCAAUGACGGGUCCCCCAUCAGCACCUCCUCCUCCUCCUCCUCCUCCUCCACAGCUGCAGCAUCAUCCUCCUCCGCCGGCAACACGAGCCGGUUGCAGCCCUUUCGCGCCACCGUGCCCUACCAGCUCUUGCGUGGAAAUCAGCAGCACAGCCCAACCCGCACUCACUCCUCCUCCUCCAUCUCAGUCGGAAGCAACACAGAACCGACAGCAUCAGCCCAGCAGCGCAGCUCCAGUCCCGGCAGCCCGGCGCUCGACAGUCCGCCAAAAAGCGGCUCGCUGGACGCUCGUCUGAUCCCGCGGCAGAGGCGCUCUUCACCGGAGCACAGGAGCUCACCGGAGCGCUGCCCUCAUUCACCUGUCCUUAGAGUUGAGAGGUCAAAGUCGCAACAGGUGCAGAUCACAGGUGCUAUCAGACGGUCUUCCUCUCUGGGUGCUAUCACCGGGCCUUACCUGGUAGGGCAGUGGCCACGUGAAUCCCACCUGCACAACCCCUCAUGCAUGAUAGACAAGUCCACACAGACUGCUGGAUGUUGGAGUGCCGAGAGUGAAGAGAAAGGGAGCACACACCAGCGCUCGGCGUCCUGGGGCAGCUCUGACCAUCUUAAAGAGAUUGCUAAACUCAGGCUCCAGCUGCAGCGCAGUAAGCAGGGUGGAGGCCGUCAGUGUCAGGACAGUAAAGAGCGUCUCUCCCCCCUCCCCUGCUGCAGCAGCACCUCCAUUACUGCCACUACCAUCAGCACAGCUCCGUCGUCCAUGUCGAAGUCAGCACAGAUGCCACUGUCCAACAUCACAGUGCCAAAGCCCUCCAUCUCCAGGGUUCCCAGCAGCAUGGAAGGCAUCAACCAUGAGCUGGAGAAAGUCUUCAUCAAAGACAACGGAGAGAAAGAGGAGCUCAAGUCGCUGGAGGUUCCUGACGGGCGGCGGGCUCCGUUUCCUCCUCAGCAGCGCAGCAGCAGCAGUCGUGGUGUAGACACUCAGACGUCAUCAGUGCCUGGACGCUCCAGCAGCUGCUCCAGCCUGUCGCCCUGCCUCUCGCCCGCGUGCCCGCCCCGCUCACACGACGGCAGCCCGUACUCCACCGACGAGAUGCUGGACGACAGAGACAAAGACAGCGGAAGCAGUUCUCCUCUGCCUAAAUUCGCCUCGUCCCCAAAACCCAACAACAGCUACAUGUUCAAACGGGAGCCUCCAGAGGGCUGUGAGAAGAUCAAAGUGUUUGAGGAAAUGACGUCCAAACAGUCAGCCACCGUCCCCCUUUUCUCCUGCCCUGACAAAAACAAGGUCAACUUCAUCCCCACCGGCUCUGCGUUCUGCCCUGUGAAGCUCCCGGGAUCCCUCCUCCAGCCGAAAGAGGAAAGCCAGGCCGGCCCCAGCGGCUCACACCACCACCACCACCAUCACAUGCCCACUCAGGUCUCCACCAGCACGAGCACAGACGACCCUCCCGAAUCUCCCUCUCAACAGCAGGAGGCGCCCUCAGAAUCGGCCUCCCAGCCUCAGAACUUUGAAGUCAGCUAAACGCGGCAGAGCUGGUCUCGGUCGCGCCGCUCCGCUCCUGUGUAAAGGACCGUCCGUUCCCCGCCCCCAAACUUCCUCUUCUCUCUCUGAUGGACCCCACCUUUGUGCUGAAUCUUUACUAUCUGCAUGGCAUAGCAACUGUGGCCCGAACGAGAAUCGCAAACGCAGCAGAGGGGUUCGAGUAUGUGGCAAUGCCAUGCUUCGGUGUCUGGAUGGGAACGGCGUCUGAAGGAUGCGUUUUGGGAGAAGGACCUUUAGAAUAUGCAAAUCAAAAAUUCAAAUGGCUUCACUGUUAUCUCGAUAAAUGAGUGAGCGUCUCACAUUGAAAUCAUAUUCAUUAAAUUAGCCUAUUGAUAAGUCCAGCCACAUUCCAGAUAUUCCCAUUUUGAUUUUUUAGUGUAAGAUGUGGAUGCGUUCGCAGGUACUUUUCCAUCUGAUUUGAUUCCGCGUUGAUCCCGAGCAACUGCACAGCUGUUUUCAAACGCAGCUUUGCUUUCGUGUGCUUAAAAUUUAAGCAAAGUGGCUUUUGUAUGAGCACUAUAAUCAGCGCAAAGCACCGCCGAUUUACAAGGAGAAAGACAACUGAUGCUUUCAGGAAGGUCUUAAUAGUGUCAGGGCAUGCAUUUAAAACUGAUCGUAUGUUUAACAUUAAAUUAUGUGUCGUGUUCUCUUUCAACAUCCACAGUAUGAAUAAGCUCUCUCUCUAUCGAUAUAUCUAUAUAUGAGAAACCUAUAUAUAAAGAAGUAAGCUUGUAUGAAUUUAAAACCGUGUAUUGCUGUGUUAUGUACAUUAUGGGAAAUGAGCUGCACUCCACGGGUUGACGACUGUCCAGGUUUCCUACCUUCUGACGAUGAUGCAGAAAGAGAAAAACACAGAAAUAGUACUAAAGGUUUUGUUUUCACACCUUGAGGCACGGUGUCGGCCUGCGGCCUCGUUUCGGGUGCAUCACACAGGGUUUAAACUCAGGUAAAACUCCCAUUCAGAUCUGUCCCAUCACAUUCCAUGUUGAGAGGAUUGGGUCGGACACACUGUGUGUUGAAAACAUUAGACAACCCUCAUGAAUCAGACAUGCGUCAUCACCGUCACUAUAUGACAUACAUUCAAAUUUAAUAAGACAAACAACAGCCCAGAUCACAGGUUCGAGGAGAUGCCUUUUCUAGUGGCAUGUCAAAAAAAAAACUUAUUUAUUAAAUUAAAUCCUAUUUAUUUACACCUACUACUUUUAAACAGUUUAAUUUCUAUAUUUUAUACAUAUUAUUGUGACAUUACAACUUUAUUCUCAAAAUCUUCUCAAUUUUUUUUUACUUUAACAUGCUACUAGGACUUGCUACUGGGGAUGCGUCUAAAAUAAAAGGAAGAAAUGUCUUGCUAAAAUAAA